AUGGCCCGCGAGAAGAAGGAGCCGCGUGUCAAGAAGGAGCGACAGGGCAAGAAAGAGACGCGUAAGAAAGCGGCCGAGGACAAGAAAAAGGCCGACAAGGCCGAAGCGCUGGACAACAUGUCGCAUGCCGACCGCCUGGCCGAAGAGGGAAUCAUUGCCACGUGCUCGCACAACGUGCGCUCGGUGCACAAGAACUUUAAGGACAUUAACGUGCUGAACUUUAGCAUCACGUACUUUGGCAAAGUGUUGAUGGAAGAGUGCGACAUUUCGCUCAAUUACGGCCGUCGCUACGGUCUCAUUGGUCGCAAUGGUUCGGGUAAAUCCACGUUCAUGAACGUGCUGGGAGCCCGCGGCAUCCCCAUUCCCGACAGUAUCGACAUUUAUCACCUCAAGCACGAGAUUGAAGCCAGUGACAUGACGGCUUUGGAAGCCGUGCUGUCCGUGGACGAGGAACGGAGCAAGCUCCAGGCUGAAGCAGACGAGCUGUCGGAGCAAAUGACGGACGAGUCUCUGGCUGAAGAAGACAGUGAAGUGAUCUCGGAUCGUCUGACGGACUUGUACGAGCGUCUGGACGACAUGGACGCGGCCACAGCCGAAGUCCGAGCUCGUCAGAUUCUCUCGGGUCUGACGUUUUCCGAUGCGAUGAUGGACAAGAAGACGAAGGAGUUUUCGGGUGGAUGGCGGAUGCGCAUUGCGCUCGCCCGUGCGCUGUUUAUCCAGCCGACGUUACUGCUGCUUGAUGAACCGACGAACCACUUGGACAUGGAAGCUGUUGUCUGGCUCGAAGAUUACCUGUCCAAGUGGAAGAAGAUUCUGCUGAUGAUUUCGCACUCGCAGGAAUUUAUGAAUGAAGUGUGCACGAACAUUAUCGAUCUCACGAACAAGAAACUCGAGUACUAUAAUGGUAACUACGACACGUACAUCCGAACCAAGUCGGAAAAGGAGGAAAACCAGAUGAAGCGCUACAACUGGGAGCAAGACCAGAUUAAGCACAUGAAGGAGUACAUUGCCAAGUUUGGUCACGGCUCUGCAAAGCUCGCGCGUCAAGCUCAGAGUAAGGAGAAAACACUGGCGAAGAUGGUGCGCGAUGGGCUGACGGAGAAGGUCGAGCAAGAGUCGAUUGGAGACUUUAAGUUUCCCAAUCCAGAGCCAUUGCCGCCUCCAGUGCUGAUGUUCCAGAAUGUAUCGUUUGGCUACCCGAACACCCCGCUGCUGUACUCUGGUGUGGAGAUGGGCUUGGACCUGGACUCGCGUGUUGCCCUUGUUGGUGCGAAUGGUACGGGCAAGACGACGCUGCUGAAAUUGAUUACGGGAGACCUUGUCCCGGUUGCAGGCAAUGUUCGGCCACACAGCAAGCUGCGUAUCGCGCGGUUCAGUCAGCACUUUGUCGAUGUGCUAGACCUGACCCAAACACCGCUCGAGUACUUCCGGUCGCUGUUCCAGACCAAGUCAAUGGAGGAGGUGCGCAGCUACUUGGGUCGCUAUGGUAUCACUGGUGACGUGCAGACACAGAUCAUGGGCCAGCUAUCUGAUGGGCAGAAGAGUCGCGUCGUGUUUGCGUACAUGGCUCAACAGAAUGCCCACAUGUUGUUGCUGGAUGAGCCCACGAAUCACUUAGAUAUGGAGUCUAUUGAUGCAUUGGCUCGUGCAAUCAACAACUUUGGCGGCGGCAUGCUGCUUGUGAGUCACGACAUGCGCUUGAUUUCGCAAGUUGCUAAGGAGAUUUGGCUCGUGGAAAAUCAGUCCAUUAAAGUGUACCAAGGCGAGAUUUCGGACUUCAAGAUGCGUGUGCGCAAGCAGCUCAAGCUGGCAGACAAGCCCGUCGUGUCUGUCGGUGAGUAG